AUGCCUCGCCAACUUGCAUUCAGCGACAUGUGGCUGCCAUGCCUCAUAUUACUCUUGAUCUGGGCACGCCCGACCGCAGCGUUUGGCGCAGGAAAUAUCGCGAGCUUGAGCAAGAUCGAGGGGCAAAAUUGGCGUCAUGGAGACAUCGAAGACACGCUGCUCACGCUGCUUAUCUCGUCACGCACGGGCAAGAAGUUCAGCAAAAUGGACGUCAAGAGAGUGUACUUUGGCAAUUGGCUGCGUGACUAUUCGCAGGCUGUCGAUGUCGGCACCGUCAAGAUGGUGUCGGCGGAAGCGAUUCGUAUUCUGCUCUGGGUCCUGGGUUUCUUGAGCUUUGGCUAUGGUACUAAGGAGUUUGAAGUUACCAGGGACAGACUGGGGUGCUACCGCCCGGAGGAGCACAUUGACAACCCGAAGGACUACGCCGACAACCUCGAUGCGCGCGACUAUGAUCGCCGACUACGCGGCCCCGUCGAUGAGAGGCGUGAGCUAAGCGUCGACGAGAGAACCGGCUUGAAGAACUACAUUGCAUCGGAAGAUCUGGGUAUCACGACAUCAGCUGGCAUGGUCCGCGACCUGCUUCGCCGCUGCAUCGAGCUCGGACAACGCUCUGGCGGCCGUGGAGAGGACUUCUACGAGGCCCUGCGACUCCUCGGUACGGCUACGCACUGUCUCGAGGAUUACUCAGCUCAUUCCAACUACACCGAGCUCUGUCUCAUUGAACUGGGCGCUCACGACGUCUUUCCCCAUGUAGGCAGGAACGCCAGGAUCCAGAUCGAAGGCGUUCGGAACCCAGUCUAUCCCAUCAUUACCGGAACCUUUGGUGGUGUCGACUUUCUGCACUCCGUGUGCGGAGAAAUUACGGAUAAGGCUACGCAAUCCGAGCUCCAGGAACUUGAAGGCGCCAUCAACGAGGCAGACCGAAAGCAAAACAAGAGCGCAAUCAAGGAUCUUCUCAGCAAGCUGCCAAGCGGCAUCUUCGGCGACAAAGACCAAGCUGGAAAGGCCGAUGAGCUUGAGGCGAACGCACAGGCUGCCAAAAUGGACAACAUGCACAUUAGCCCCAAGGAGCCAGAAGAGUUCACCCAGCAACUGGAUGCACUCGUGAAGCAGAUCUAUCCUAUCAUGGAGUUCCACGAUGAAAUCAUGCAAUCUAUCAACGAGAUCAUCGAUAACAUUCCCGUUCUGCCCGAGCUCCUUGAGCAGCUGCAGGAGCAGGUCAACAUCUUCGUAUUUAGUCUUCUUGCUCCUUUCGUUGUGCCUAUCAUCACUCAGGUCAAGACUGAGCUUGAGACUGGCUCCAGCGAGGUGAUUGCUAGCUCUCGCGAGAAGCAGCACAUUGUCUUCAACGAUGACGACUCGACCGAUCCUACUCACAGUAUGCUUUCGAAGGAUCAUUUCAGCAAUCUGUUGAACGAGCCCGCUGGAAGGGUUGCAUCCGAGGUCCUGAAGUGGGCAGUACCCCAGGUCGUUGCCUGCUGGGAUGGCGAGGCCGAUCCGGAACAGACCAUUGACACCAUCAUUCAAGCUGUUUUCCAUCAUCCUGCACAGCUUAGGCACCAAGACCGCCACGUUGAGCAAGGCCGUAAUGUCAUGUUCAACGCUGUCAGGCAGUGGUGGGAAGAGAAGGCAGAUGGCCAGCGCCAACUUAUCAGACAGCUCAGCCGCGAGGGUGUUGAGCGAGGCGAAAACCAUAAGGAGGGCCCGAAGGACUCCGGUCACGGAUGCUGCAAGCCCCUUGGCAUGGCUAAUGACUUCUCUUUUGGGAACAAGAGUGGAGGUGGAGGUAACGCUCAAGCCCAGCAAAUCAGCGGCCAGGCCGGAAAGCUUGCCAGUGAGGCCGUCGGUGGUGGUGCUCUUGGUGGUCUUGUCGGAGGUCUCGUCGGCGGCAUUGGUGGGUCUCUACUUGGAGGUGCUUUCGGAGACGAGGAGAAGGAGAGCAAGAAGAGCGAAAAACACAGUAACGAUGGCUCGUACACCCAGUCUUACUCCGAGUCGGGCCACCACAAGAAGAGCUCCCGCGACGAUUCCGAGCGUUACGGGCAAGCCUCCUACCAACAAACUCAAUACCCUAGCGGCGGACGCCGCGAAGAGUAUUCUCGUCAUGAGCAAGACUCGCAUGGCGGAUCGUACGGCUACGAGCAGCGCGUCGAAACGUCCAGUUACGGCGGGUCCGGCGGCUACGAGCGCCACGAAGAGCGACGCUACGAAAGCGGCGGCCAGUACCGCUCUGAGGAGACUCGUGAAGGCUUUGACCGCCAGGGGGAAUACUACCACGAGGAGAAGAAGAAGAACACAAAUUAUGGUAAGGACUCUGAAGACGAUGACUCUGGCGAUGAAGACGACUACGAGAAGCGCGCAAAGAAGGAGCGUAAGCGUCGCGAAAAGGAAGAAAAAAAGCAGAGGAAACACGGUAGUGACGAUGAGCGCUCUGGCGACGAUGCUUACAAGCGUCGUUCAGGAGAGCACAAGCGCCAUGGAAGCCCCAAACGGCACUCGGGCGGCAACUCGCACGAGAGCGGCGGCUAUGGCGAGGAAAGGCGGUACGGUGAGGAGCGUCGUGAGGAGGGUGGGUAUGGUGGUCGCUCAGAGUAUGGCCAACAAUCCUCGGGCUAUGGUCGCCAGGAACAGUCUGGGUAUGGCGGCGAUUCGUAUGGCUCCGGAGGCGGUGGUGGGUACGGUGGACGACAGGAGCAGUCUGAGUACGGUCGCCAAGAGCAGCCUGGCUAUGGCAACGACUCCUACGGCUCUGGAGGUUAUGGAGGGCGUCAGCAACCACCUGGCGGCUUCGAUGGGGGUGAAUAUGGCGGGCGCCCGCCGCCACCUGGAGGCUUUGGUGGAGGCGAGUCCUACGGCCGUCGCGACGAAGACGAGUACGGUGAGCGCAGACAGCAGUACGGAGGCGGCGGAGGGUAUGGCGAGGAGGGCGGGUAUGGACGGAGGUACUAG